AUGGAUUUGAGCCACUCUCAAGUAUUGGAUAUUGGCAAGGCAACAGAGUUUGCAGCCCAACAAGGAAUGCGUGAGAGUUCCUGUCCCAAGCAAAUCCCAAGUCCAGACAACUCGCGCUUGUUGUCUUGGUGUGGAGGUACUUGUGCAGAGGACGAGGACAGACUAUUGUUACUGUACAUCACUGUGUGUUUCGCCGCGUACCGGUACAUCGGAAGCCGGGGUAUCCUCUCCCCACAACACAACUUGUUUAGCCCCGUACGUAAGCAAGUAAGGUUACUGUACCGGUACAUGCUCCUCCUCGGCCAGGGGUUCCCGUACUCCAAUUUUGACACCCAUACCAUAGGCGUCAUAUCAACCGCAAAUAUGAUCAAUUCAUGCCAGGGAGCCGAAGAUUCAUCCAGCCAUGUCAGAAACUCGGGCGAUAGGGACGCGGGUCGUGGUGGUGGGUGUGGUGCGAGGCGAGGUACUCCGUAA